GGUCCUGGACCUGAUUGUCUCAUUCUGGACCCUUCCAGACAGCCACGAUUAGUGCCUAGACCUAAGAGGAUGGCUUCAGAUGGAGCAUCUCCGUUGUCAAGACCAGACAUGACCACGAAACCUGGCGCUGACACGCCUCCUUUCACUGCUCUUCCCUUUCUCCCACCUACUGCAGGCCCACUGGACCAACCACCCUGGGAGCCACCCCCACAGCCUUCCAUGCCUUCAGCUUUCUCUCCAGGCAGCCCUCUGGUGCUGUCUGCAUUCCCCAGCCCACUGUUGAUGACAGGGGAUGGAGGCCCUGGCCCCAGUGGAGCUGGGGCUGGGGCUAGGGCUAGCAAAGUCAUUGUCCAAGUCAAGACAGAAGAGGGGCCAGCUGAGACCCUCCAAACUCAGAACUUUAUCCUUACUCAGACUGCCCUCAAUUGGAUCGCCUCAGGCACUCCCCGUGGGGGCCCUGAAGAUCCUCCACCUCAAUUCGCAGCAGCCUCUACUAUGAAGACCAUUCUGCCUGCUAAGGCUACUGGGGUGAGCCAGGAGGGGCCCCCAGGCCUUCCUCCUCAAGCUCUACUGCCAACUGCCCAACUGGCCCCCAUUUUCCCCUCAGAGAAGGUUUGGCCAGAGCCACAUAGGGCUCCCAGUGAAGGAGGCUCUGCGACAGCCCAAUCCAAGCCCUCACUGGGUGACCUCUCCUACACCUCCAAGGGCGUUUAUGAGAACUUCCGACGUUGGCAGCGCUACAAAGCCUUGGCCCGCAGGCACCUAUCCCAAACUCCUGAUGCAGAAGCUCUUUCCUGCUUUCUUAUUCCAGUGCUUCGUUCCCUGGCCCGGCUGAGACCUGCUAUGACCUUGGAGGAGGGACUGCCAAGGGCUGUGCAGGAGUGGGAGCGUACCAGCAACUUUGACCGGAUGAUCUUUUAUGAGAUGGCAGAAAAGUUCAUGGAGUUUGAGGCUGAGGAGGAAAUGCAGAUUCAGAAUGCACAGAUGUUGAAUGGGUCCCAAUGCCUGCUUCCUGCAACGCCUCUGAAACUCGAUCCUCCGGUGCCCCCAGCCCCAGAGGUUUGCCAGCAGCCAGUGUACAUUCCAAAGAAGGCACCCUCUAAGACCAGGGCUCCCCGCCGGCGACAACGCAAGUCUCAGAAGCUUCAAGUUCCUCAGGCACCCAAGGAGAUCCCACCAGAAGCAGUGAAAGAGUAUGCUAACAUCAUGGAUGGACUCUUGGGGAGCACCUCAGCCGCUAGGGAGUCAGAUGGCAAACAGGAAGAGGAAGAAGAGCAGCAGCAGCUGGAAGGAGGGAUGUAUCCAGACCCAGGUCUCUUGAGCUACAUUAACGAGCUGUGUUCUCAGGAGGUCUUUGUCUCCAAGGUGGAGGCUGUUAUUCAUCCUCAAUUUCUAGCAGACCUGCUAUCUCCAGAACAGCACAGGGACCCAUUGGCCUUAAUUGAGGAGCUCGAACAAGAAGAAGGACUCACUGUUGCUCAGCUGGUACAGAAGCGCCUCAUGGCUUUAGAAGAGGAGGAUGCAGAGGUGCUUGCAAGCUGCAGUGGAGCUCAACUGGACUCAAGUCCUUCUGUUUCUGAGGAGGAUGAAGAUGGGGGUGGGCGACUUCGGCCCUCACCUGGGCUUCAAACGGCCAAGGGCACUGUUUGUCCCACAAAGGCUGCUUCUCCAGGAAAGCAGGCAAGAGAAGGGCAUGGUAGGCAGGAGCAAGCCAUUGAUGGUCCAAGGAAGAUACACAGGGAUGAGAACACUGUGUCAUCCCUUAGAAGCUGGGACCUACAGCUAGAACUUGCAGCUCCACAGGCUACUCAGGGGCCCUUAGGCAUAGAGAGAAGAGGGUCUGGGAAGGUUACAAACCAGUUAUCCCAUCAGGAUGGCCAUGUGGGAGAUGCAAUGUUCCUUGGGCAUUCUUUGGUGGCAGACAGGACCUCAGAGGCCUCGCCCGUUUGCUGGCAGGAAAACUCCCAGCUAGAGGGAGCUUCCUGUUUAGAUGUUGGACUUUCAGACCCAGCUCCUCUGCAAGGUCAGGGGUUAGAAAACCAGGUCCUGGGGCUUCAGACAGGACAAGAGAUGGGGGCUCUUGGAGCACUUCCUCAAGGGAAGGAGCCUUUAGUGUUACCCCAAGAAGGCUCUGCAGGAACCAUGUGGGGAGAUGACAUAGGUCCUCUGAUGGUUCAGAGUUAUAAUCAGGACCCUUCUCCUGGAACAGCUGGAGACAGGGAUGAGGCUCCUCUCAGUCCAGGACUUUGGCUGAGCAGUGAGAUGGAUGCUGUAGGCUUGGAGUUGCCCUUACAAAUUAAGGCGGUCACAGAGAACUUACAAGAUGGGGAAAGUGUAACUGAGCACCAGGGAGGCGGUGAGGCACUGGGCUCUGGGAGCACCAUCUCUCUGUGCCUUGGAGAAACCACACCACCUGGGGAUGUGGAAAGCAGUGUACUUCCCUGUGGAGGCACUGAUGCCACAGCUGUCUCAGAAAAGAGAAACUACUACAGUUUGCCAGGACCUCUGACUACCAGUAGUCCUGCCUUGAGGUCCAAAGAAAAUAGUGAAGACAACCCUGAGACUACUCUGGAUCCUGGUGAUCUGUGGCCUGAAGGUUGCUCUCAACUGGUGGAAAGCAGAACUGAUGCCCCUACAUUGGAAUCUUCCAAUGAAACCCUCCUGUCAGCAUGUCAAAGCAAUACUCUUAUCCUGGGGACCCAGGAUGCCUCCUCCUUUCCUGAGGCCAACAAAGAUGCAGAGAUAAGAGACAAUUCCAUCUCUCCUUUGUUGGCAACCACAGAGCACAGCAGCCUACCAGAUGUUGCAGAUGACCAUGGCCUCCAACUAGAGGUCAGCAAGGGUAACUGCCCACCAGAUUUUAAUUCUUAUGAGCCCCCUGGAGAGAGCAGAGAGGAUACUCAUUUAUCCAAGCCAAAAGAACUUGCUCCUUUACCAGGAACUCCCAAAUCACCAUCUCCUCACCAGGGCCUUAAAAGCACCUCCCCAAGAUGGGGAACUAGGGAUGCCUUAGUUCUGAAAGAAUUAUCUCCUGUGCAUGAAACACACAGCUCAGCAGAUGGGGCCAACAAAGAGAAAGAGGAAGAGGAGGAAGAUGAGGAACUCUCUAACUUCGCCUACCUCUUGGCCUCUAAACUUAGCCUAUCACCAAGAGGGCUUCCCCUCAGUCCUCACCCUGCCUCAGGCCUGCCCUCUAUAGGUCAGGGGGUCAAGAGAGCACUGCAUUCCCUUUCUGCUGAGGUAGGUGGUAUUGACACACCUUAUCUUGCUAACAAAUCUGAGAAGCGAGCUCUAGUUGGAGGCUCAGCACCUGCUAAAAAGAAGCCCCACCGAGCUGGCCAAGGGGCCUCUGGGGAGAACCCCUUGGCUCUAGUUGUUUGCCCCACACAGCCUCAUAAAAGGCGGCGUGACAGUUUUGUCACAGGGAGAAGAAAGAAGCGACGUCGUAGCCAGUAG